UCGAUCCUCCUCAUUGGUCACUGUUGAGUCGGCGGUUGUAAGAAACGGAACAGUCGCGAGCAUUUCUGUUAUGUGGUUAAAUCUGAGAAGUUUUAUUAUCCGAAACAAAAGUGUCUUUUAAGUUGGAGUAAACUCUGUGGAGAAUGUAAAACAGACCUGUGUGACAUCAUAUAAUGGAGCGGUGCAGUGUGGAGUAUCUGUCUGAGUUCAGUGACUGUCAAUCACACUCAGUGCGCAUCAUACAGGACGACACGAAUCUUUUCUUGGCCUGCGGACACAAAGAUGUGCUCGUAUUCAAUGUCGAGGAGAGGAGAGUCACGACCGUGAUGCAGUUUGAAGAUUCAGUGACCAAUUUGGGAUUAAGCGACGAUAAAUAUCGGCUUUAUGCACUUUGCGCGAACGGUGGGCUUUACUGCACCCCUCUACUACAGCUCAGUUCUUCCUCUGUCCUGGCGAGCAAAAGUCCUGACCGUGUGCUAAAUAUAGUAUCGGAAGAGUCCGUUGUCCUGAAAAAUUUCAAUCUGCAAGCAUUUACCAUAGUUGAGAAGAUCCUUGUGACUCUUAGUUUUCACAAGUCCAUCUGGAGUUUUGAUCUCUAUGAAGAGCUUGGAUCCAGACCCCUUCGGAAACUUGCUUGUUUCCAGGUUGCAACUGUAAACUCAUGCCGAUUAAACAUAACAGACAAAGAAAAAAGUGUGAACUGUCCUCCAGUGUUGACUUGCAUCUAUCCUAAAGGCUCCACGUCAGUCAACUCUCAACAUUCUGACCUCCAUCCUUAUCUUGAGCCCCGUCUUUUUAGGCUCUUAUUUGGCGUGGAUUCCUCUUUAGUUAAUUCUCCAGUCAUACUAUGUGGUUUACCUGAUGGACGUAUUUGCUGCUUUCCUUUGCUCGUCCCCACCCUGGCUGGUCCAAGAGGAGAGCCGAGCUCUCCAAUCAGAGUCCUUCAGAGCUUAGAGCAGCCAAUCGUAUUUGUCGGAACCUGCGUCUCUGGAGAACACGGACCUCAGUGUCUCAUCGCAGUUGGUCAAAGAGGAAAACUACUAAUGGUUAGAAGCAAACAAGCAAGUUCGGAAAGAAAAGAGGCAGAUUAUAGCUUCAAUGAGCAUAGUGUAAGAGGGCCAGUGCUGUGUGUCUGUGUUGAUGAUAAACGGCUGUACUACAGCUCUCUCAAUGACCUACACACACUUCAGUUCACCGCGAUAUCUUCAUCAGAAGCCACAGGGACUGAGUCCCAGCUGCAAGCUCUGACUUCAGACAGUCUUGGUGUAUGCAGAGUUAUAGCACUUGCUCAGCCAUAUACUAACCCUACAGGAUCUGUGCAGCUUAUGGGCAUAUCUUUGAGUGGAAGACUGCUUCGAGUGAACCUUCCUCAAGCAUCUGAAAAAGGAAACGUGCCCAGGUUAUCUCCAUCUCUAGCAGGCCAGAGAGUGAAGGACCUCCUGGCUUCCAUCGGAAACAUCUGGGAGAGGGCAGAAUCCUUGAAACACAAGCUUCAGGAGAAAAAUGAGUCUCUCAAACGUCUGAAUCAAGUCAUAAAUGUUUGCAGCCUACUGUUGGAUGCCCACGGGAAUGAAAAAAACUUUAAUAUGGGCACCAAACAUCCAAUCAGCUGUCAUGGUGUGGCUAGAUGGAGCUCAUUGCUCCAAAGAGACUCUUUGACUCUGGCAUGUGUGCUUGAAAAUUCAAGUGGAUGUACAUUAGAACAUGGCUGGACUCUAUGCAUUCAGGUCCACCCAUUAUCCCAAUAUUCAAAUAUUGAGAGCUCAUCCAGGACAUACUCAUUUCCACUGAAGAAACUGGAUUCUGAUCAGAAACUGGAUGUAACCAUUCCUCUUGAAACAGUUGAGGGGCUGUCUCUGCCAGUGAAGGUCUACUGUUCUCUCACCUUCUCCCUCUCCAAUCUGUUUAGCCCUGAAGCAACUUCUCUUGGUGUUUCCCAGCUCCUAACAGAGAUGGGCUCCAUCAGUGCACCUUUGAAUUCUUUUACAGUGGAUUGGCUUGAUGCUUUAAGGCUAGAGGGAUCCUUUUCUCAUGGUAACAGCAGACACGACAGUGUCAGGGAUGGCAUUCAAGCCUUUCUGCGUGCCAGAGGAGCGUUAACCAAAGAUUCUGAUACUACUUCCAAGUCAGUACCCGUUGCAGUGCUGAUCAGAGUAUCAUCCGAGCUUCUAAAGGCCAAACUGCACAUCUCGGUAACCAGCAGUUCAGACACAUGUGUGUCUGUGCUAAACUGGUUGGUAUCACCAGAGGUGAUGGGACAGACAAAGUCUGUACAAAGCCCAUUGGUUUGUGCCUACAGCCCAGAUGGAUGCUCUGUCAAGAUUAUGGCCAAAGAGGUGACACUGGGAGAUUUAUGUUCUGAUGGACCUCUUGAAGUCCUGGAGAUUCGGGUGGAGAGUACAUCUGUGGCAGCGGUGUGUGGACUGCAUCAUGCCAUUCUGAGGCGCCUACAGAUCUUGUUGAGAGACUCAACUGUAAAAUGUUGCCAUACAAAGCAGUUAAAAACACAGAGCUUGUGUGAAGCUGUACGGCACGUUGAGUCUCUUUAUAAAGAUCUCCAGGAUGCUCAAGAUCAAGCAGCUCUUGGUGGCACAAUGAAGACGGAAAAGAGCUCUGAGAUCUUGUUUCGCAUUUUUCUGCAGCUGAGGGCAAACCCACUGGUCAUUCUCUGAUUUGAAUACACACACAAAAUUGUGUAUUACAUAUAUUUUGUAAUACAGUAGAGGUUGUUUCAUACUGUUCUACUUUUAGGAUACAAAGCCCAUGCUUUCCUUUUUAUGUGUCCCAUGCAUCGUCACUUAACAAAAUGAACAAAACACUGUCUACAACAGAAGGAUGGAGAAAUGUACAAAAAAAAAA